UGAUUUGGCCGGCGAUUGUUGCAAUGGCUGUAGCGAAAGGUUGCUAUAACGAAAAGUAUAUGUUAUGGAAUUUCCCUGUGCUGGAUUACCAACCAUUUAUGCAAUAACGCCAACAUACACAAGGUGGACACAAAAGGCAGAAUUAACGAGGUUAUGCCACACUUUUCUUCAUGUUCCAAAUUUUUUCUGGAUUAUUGUAGAAGACUCAGAAGCAAAAACUGAUCUAGUUGCAAGGUUUCUCAGAAAUUGUGGAUUACCUUAUGCUCAUGUGAAUGCAAAAACAGACAGCAAUUUCAAAUUGAAAUCAUCCGAUCCAAGUUGGCUAAUGCCUCGAGGUGUGGCACAAAGGAAUGAGGGACUUAAAUGGAUUCGCAAGAAUGUUAAACUGGGGACACCUGGUGUUCUGUAUUUUGUUGAUGAUGACAAUACAUAUUCAUUGCGGAUUUUCGAAGAAAUGAGAUUCACGAAAACUGUUUCAGUUUGGCCUGUAGGUUUAGUGGGUGGGUUGAAAUUUGAAGGUCCAUUAUGUAAAAAUGGUAAAGUGAUGUCUUUUUAUACAGCUUGGAAACCAGAGAGACCCUAUCCUAUUGAUAUGGCAGGUUUUGCCACGAAUAUUGAACUAGUUCUUGAACACCCAGAAGCAGUUUUUUCUAAUGAAGUUCCUAGAGGAUAUCAAGAAUCACAUUUUUUGUCUAAAAUCGUUACAAGAGAAAAAUUGGAACCCAAAGACUGCUCAAAAAUAUUAGUAUGGCAUACUAGAACGGAAAAACCGAACAUGAAGCAAGAAAUGAAACUUCAGAAAAUCGGUAAAGCUUCAGACCCUAAAAUGGAAGUGUGAUAAUCAUAAACAUGCUAAUCACUGUCUAACUGUGUAUACCCAAUGUUGAAGAUACAACUGCUUCAUAUCAAAUAUGCUCUUCAGCAUCAUGAUUUAUUAUUAACUUAUAUUUUAUAUUGGAGUAUUGUAGUUAUCUUAUUUUCUUAUAUAUAGUAAGCUUAAUUUUAUAAUGUUUGGUGCACCUAUCUCAGCAGUAUGUUAAUCAGAUGUUGAGACAUUAUUAUUUUUCUGUUUUUCAACUUUAUUUAUUAUUUGGUUGGAGAAUAUCUGAGAAUCAAAAAUACUAUAAAUUGCAUUGAUUUGAUAUGUUUUGCAGUUUAUUGUCAGUCCAAUUUUCUAUAGAUUUCAAAACCUCAACUAAUUGAAAUAGGUAUGAAUAUAAAUUAUCAUCUUGAAUUGUUCUAAGAUAAUGGAAUGCUCCGUCAAGCCCAUGCUUCACAGCAUUAUUGCCAUCUAACUGUAUUAUAUUUCGCCAUGCUGUUGUCUGCGCUGCGACAUCUAGUAAUAUAUCUUUUAAUGAAAUUAACAUAUUUUUUUAUCUUACUUUUCUAAAUAG